AUGUCUCAAUUUGUAGGAUUUGGUGUUCAAUUAGAACUAAAAGACGGUAAACUUAUACAGGGUAAAAUUGCAAAGGUAACUUCAAAGGGCUUAACCUUGCAUGACGUGAAAUUUGGAGAUGGUGGGACUUCACAAGCUUUUAAGGUCCGUGCUUCAAGAUUAAAAGAUUUAGAAGUAUUAAAUGUUCCUAAAAAGCAUCACAUGUUUUUCCAACAAUCUAGUGAUAAUGAAAACAAUAAUACUAAUAGCAAUUCUAACACUGAUGCUAAUAACAGUAGUAAUAAUAAUGGUAGCAAUGUAACCUCUAACAAUUCUAACAGCUAUGGAAAUGGUUCACAUAGAUAUGAUGGUAAAACUAAUAGCAAUAUCGAUUGGCAAAAUGAUGAUGUUUCUAAAAUUAAGAUGCAAGACGACUUCGAUUUUCAAGGUAAUUUAAGAAUGUUCAACAAGAAAGAUGUUUUUGCUCAAUUGAAGCAAAAUGAUUCUAUUAAACCUACUGAUAGAUUAGUAUCGCAUAACAAACUAAAUAAGGAUGGUAAUGACCAUUCACCAACUAAUAACAAUGAUAAUUCUAAUAAAACUAAAUUUGACAACGACGAGUUAGUCCUGCCUAAUGCUAAAAGCGAUAUUUGGGACAAAAUUUCUUCCAAUCACACAACACUGGCAUCUACAACAGCUCCAAAUACAGUUUCAAAUAAAGAACUGCUAAAAGAAGUAUCCGGAACAAAACAACGUAAAUCUGUGGGUUCUUCGUUGUCUUCAGGUUCAUCCGAUAACGAAUUUGAAGAAGUAGAUGAGAAUGGUGCAUACUUACCCAUUACCAAAUCUAUCAACAUUACUCACUUAUUGCACACAGCUAAUUCUCCAAUUUUGAAAGAUGGUCAUAAAAAUACUAAACACAAAAAUGGUGAUAUAAUGGAUAAACUAGAAAAAAUGAUAAUUAAUCAAUCUGGUAAUUAUGGUGCAAGCAGGAAGGGUUCAGCUAAUCAACCUGCAUAUCCAACAUAUUUCAAAACUAAAGAUAUUCCAAAUUUAACAAUUCCAUUGGCUACUCCAAUUCAAUUAUUGGAAAUUGAGAGAAUUGCAUUAGAAAAUUUCAAAAUUAAUACAAACAUUAUGCUUGAAAAUUUUGCGAUUAAUGCAAGCUAUUUUAUAAAGCAGAAAUUAGGUGGUCGUACAAGACUACAUCAAAAUAAUUCGAAUCCAGAACCAUUGGUUGUUAUACUAACGUCGGACUCAAAUAGGGUUGGUACAAGAGCUUUAGCAUUGGGUAGACAUUUGUGUCAAUCUGGUCAAGUACGUGUUAUGGUGCUAUUUGCCAAUUCACCAUCUUUGGUUGACAUUCAGGAUACUCAAAUUAAGGAACAAUUAGAAUUAUUUAAGAACUGUGGUGGUAAAGUUGUCAAUAAUUUAUCAACUUUGAAAAAUACUGUUGCUCAAUUAAAUAGUCCGGUAGAAAUUGUAAUUGACGCUAUCCAGGGCUUUGAUGGUAACUUGAAUGAUUUAGUGGAUAAUGAUAAUGUUCCCCAAAACAAUUUACAAUCUAAUGGCUCUAAUAAUGACUCUAACUCACAUAUUAAUUCUAAAGAAAUUAUCUCGGCUACAGAAUCUCAUAUUCUAAGUGUCAUCGAAUGGUGCAACCAGCAGCAUGAUCAAAAUAGAAAAAUUUGGUCCUUAGAUUUAUCAAGUGGGUUUGAUACAGGUUCUGGUUUCCAGAACUUCAAAGAUGUUGUAAACUCAACAGGUAUAAUUUGUUCAGGUUGGCCAUUAUAUCUGUUGAAUUCUUUAAAAGAUAAUUUAUCCUCAUUGCAUGAAGUUGUCAUGAUUGAUAUGGGUACACCGAAAGCAGUAUAUGCUCAAAAACCUUCUUUAAGAAAAUUCAUGCUAUGUGAUGCAUUUGUAACUGAUGGUUCAAUUACUUUAACUUUACCAGCAUGA